AGCGGCUCUCGAGCAGAGCGGCGCCAUAUUCAAACACCGCCUCGAGCAGCGCCGCCCGUCAGACCAGUCAGAGGCCCACUCCGCCAAACCCGCCUGAACUCUUUACAGCCCGGAGUUCAUUCUCGAGUGAAAUGGAUGUAACCGGUAAUUUCUUCACCAAGUUGAGAAACCUUGCAGUAACCUUGGAGAAAGAAAGCAAGCAUCUUGAACAAGCUUUGAACAAUGAGUCUGUUACAGAUCAUGAAGAAGCUCCAAUGAGGAUCCUGUAUGAGAUGCAUUCAGAAGUCAGAAAUAUUAAGGUGGACUUCAAUAACAAGUUAGAAACCCUCAAUUUGCAAUGGAAACAGAACAGUGAAUUUAUUAGAGCUUUCCAGCUACUUCACAAAAGAUUUUCUGGAGAGCUUGAAAUAAUACAAGAGCAUUUUCAGAAAUAUGGCUAUAAACCUUUGAAUCUUAGGAAAGAUGAAGAAGAACCACCAAUGGGGUUGACAAAUGGAGAAACUGAAAACUUUGAGGAUACGGAAGAGAAAAGCAGUGAAGUUUCAACUACACCACCUAAGAAGCCUUCACUGAAUGAUCCCUUAAACACCCCCCACAUGGAAGAUUUUGGAAUUGGACACUUAAUGCUUCAAAACACAUGGAGACUACCACAAAAUAUGCAAACUCCAGUGCAGAAAGUCACUGACAAAGACCAUAUGAAGGUCCGAGGCUGGGUUCCCACUCUGCCAAAGACUCCAAAGUGCACAUUACAUCUGGAUGAUGAGUUCCUCUGCACUCCCAAAAUGGAAGAUUUUGGCAUUACAGAACAUACUGCCUGUGUGAAUGACUUUACCAUGGAACUGUACAAUAAAUCUGAUCAACCAAAGCUUGACAGGCGUCACCCAAUACCAGCGACUCGAGCAGAUGAGCAAACUAUGCGUAAACGGACUGCAGACAUUCCUGCCAUCUCCUUUAUGAAGCAGCAAAAAGUCCAUAAUACUGUAGAAUUGUUGAAUUCGCCUUUGCCCCCCGUAUUCUGCACACCUGGUCUGAAAAUCCAUAAAAAGCAAAUUCCAGUUUUCUCUCACACUCCAGAAGAUACAGAAAGGUCAAGUGAUUUGCUACCAUCUCCCUCGGUACCAAAUUUUGAGACUCUAUGGAUGAAAAGGAAAUGUACUCAGUUACAUCUGAAAGAUGAAGAAACUGCUGAACCAGUAGAGAAACCUGGAUCAGAUCGGUUCAGUUCAGAAGAACCCGAACCACCAAUAAUUAAAUCACCAUUGCCCCUGCCAAAGAUGACUAAUUACGAUCACCUUUUGAAUACUCCACAAGCCCCGGAAAUGAACAUGCAGAUGAGUGACAAUGUUCUUAAGAUUCUGUCUUCAUACAAUGUCAAUCGUAUGACUUCUCAUGAUAUGAAUACAAGACACAUCAAGUCCAGCUGUUUCACUUCUGUUGGUGCAGUGACCCCUGUAUCCAAGAAGAAGCCUGCUAAAGAGAACUGAAAGUGCCAGACAGCUAAUUCUGCUAAAUGUUGGUGAAAAGGAACUGAAACCAAACUCUGGAAAUUGGUUCACCCACUGGGAAACCAAUGCAUUGUUUUGUGUGACUAAAUAAUUGGAAAGUUUAGAUGAUUCUGUGUUGACUGUACUGAUCAAUAACAAAUAUAGAAGCAAAUCCAGAUUUACACUGGGUAAAAUGGAAUAUGUAAAUUGUGCUUCAGUAUCAGGGAAGCAUCAAAAUAAUAAAGUUUACAUUUCCCAACAUAUUAAUAUAAUUAAGGACACAGCAUAGUAAUUUAACUUUCCAUUGGUCUACAUAGGAUUAUAUCAUAGGCGUUGGUUUCAAAAAUUAAUCAUUAUUUGCCCAAUUUCAAAUAAGUUACAGGGGCAAGUUUUUGUUUUGGAUAACAUGACCUGCACAAUCCACUGCUUUGCGGUCUACAAAAUUUAACAUUUGGAUUUUGUUUGUGAAAUAAAUAGAAUCACUCUUUUUGCAGUCUUUUUAUUGUUCAUAAAGAUAUUGCAGAAAAUUAAAAUCCUUCAGGUUACCUUUUCAUGCUUUAAUCAUUUCAAAUCCACUUGAAGAACAUUUUUGUUACGAUAUUAAAACUUCCCUAGGAUUAUAGCUUACACUUUAGCGAAUACUUUAAAAAUCAACAGUAAAUUAAAUUAGAAACUAAAUAAAAUAUAUAAAUGCACUCUUGAAAGCUUGAUAAUUUCAGUUAUUUCCCUGUUUUAUUCCAAUGAAAGACGUCAGUUGGUUUUACAAACCAAGCAAUUAUGAAACCAUUUAAUUUUAAUAGUGCUCGAAAUUACAAUAAUCUACUUUUAAACCAUAUUUCUGGUUUAGUAUUGUUGCACAAACUGAAUUUAUCUUAACCCACCAAAUUAAUUUCCUAGUUCCUGUAAUUUUCUCCAUAAGAGUAGAUGAAACUGUUGGUGUGACACGGAGCCACUUGGGUCAGAAAAGUCCUUGGUGUGCCCAAUUCUGAGCUAAUCUCACCUGGAGAGGUGGUAUAGUGUUAUGAUUUGAUUACAGUAUCUGCAGCUUUUGAAGAGAAGCACUGAGCAAUGUUCCCACUCCUAUCCCUGGCUGUGGAAGUUGAGCAAUCUAUUAUAAAGUUCCUCCACCGUUGCAAGCUGCCAGCAUUCACAAUUUGGGAUCAGGUGAAGAACAGCCACUGCAUUGGAAAGGUGCAGAAAAAUUGCUACAACUAGUGAAUCUAAACAGCAUAAGUAGACAUUGUCACGUGAGGAAUAUUGAGGGUAAACAAAACUGGAAGAGAAAUGAUAACUCAAUGUUUUGUUUGUGUUCAGUUUUAUAUCCCUUUUAGUCCUUUAUUUUUCUUGCCACAUUUUAUUAUUCAUUUCACUGUGUACAGCAGUUGCAAAAUCAACAUUAACAACUGAUGUCUAAGUUUUGUAUUCUGAAGAAAUACAGUUGUACUGUGAUUUAGGCUUUUUUAUUUAAAAAAGGAGUUAAACUUUUUUCAGACAUGUGUGGUGCUUUCAGUUCACAUUUUUUUUGAAAUUAAAUAAAAUAUGGGUGGAGUGGAGGUUUGAGCCAAUCAUUUACCAUAGUGUGAUUUACUGAUAACAUCUACAAAUUUGUGGUAAGGAAACUCUGUGGAGUACAUUGCCUGGACUACUUUGCUUGUAAAGUGUUCAAGAAAUAUUGUCAAGAGACCUGGCUUCAGUCCGCUAAUUGUCUCUGUGUUGAAUUCUGUGGUCUGAUACUGUGCAGAUGUACAAAUGAUCCAAGUGCAUUCUAAAGCACGCAUGUGAUUUGAAUUGUUUAAUGUUGUAUUUUCAUUUAAAUCACUAGUACUAUGAACAUGCAUAUUAUGCACAGCUGUACAAGAGUCUAUUACAAUAAACAAGCUUAAAGUCAAA